UGAUUCGGAUGAACAAACACCAAAAAAAAUAACUAAAAAAUUAAAAACAGGUUUUGUACCCAAAGAAUCUAAACUUAGUAAUGAUGAAAUCGAACUAGCCAAUAUUAUCACGGAAAUUAGAUCAAAAUAUCAAUGCAACAUCCACGCUACGCCCUGUUAUAUUGAAGAUGAUAAACAUCUUGCAUUAAUACCUGCACGCUUACAUUUGUGGGCACGGGAUAUAGUAAGUAUUAUUAUUAUGAAUUAA